AUUGAAGCGCAGGCGCGAAGCAAACUGGCUUUGCGCUGCUCCAGCUCCGACAGCUUCUGUUGGCUCCGGAGACGCAGGUCCAAAGGGAUCCAUGAUGAGCUGCAGCCGCCCCUGUGUCUGUAGCCAUGGCACCAAUGUGGAGGAAAGUACAUGGUAUGGGGUUGACUUCUACCCUAAUCUUUUCUACAAUGACUGGCUGGGUACCACCACUCUCCCCUAUCACCCAGAGAGAAUCCCCAUCCGGUAUAUCAACCGACCCUGGCCCUCAUUGUGUUGGAAGGUCACCGUGGCCGUGGCCUCUCUGUUUCUCCUGCUGGGUGUGGCAGCCCUGACCACUGGCUAUGCAGUGCCCCCCAAACUAGAGCUUGUCAACGAAAGUAAGUUCUCGUCGAUGGAUGAUCCAGUAGCUGACUACAACCAAGCCCUGAUGACCUGCCGUGUGGUAGGAGCGACGCUGUGCGGGGUAGCCGGGAUCAUGUUGGCUGUCUGCCUCUUCUUGAUCGCCUCUGGUUGGAUGAUCCAGGACAUCAAAGCAGAGCCCCUAGUCACUGAAGCUGACAGCCCCGUGGAAGCAUUCAGGGAUGAGCCUGAGAAGCUGUCCCCUGCCUUCCAUGAGGCCAGUAGUCAGUCUCCGUUCUUGACUCCGCCCAGCUCUUUCGGGCAGCAGUCUGUGCAGACCAGCCAGCCCCAGCGGGACUUGUAAGUCUGCAGGCUGGAGAAGUCAGACACUUCCCGCCUGGCACUCCUUGCUUUCAUCACCCUGACUUCUUCCUCUCAGUAAUGCCAGUCUCUCUAGGACCCUCAGCUCACCCCUCCCCCCAAAUCAAGUCCCGUGCUUCAGUCUCGCCUCUGUCCAGGAUAAGAGUAAACUCAACCAAGCACUGCUCUUUCAGACUAGUGAAACGGCCCAGAGAGGGCCCAGAAAUGGCCCAGGAAGGCCCACGGCCUUCCUGGCAUGACUGAAGAUCUGAGUUCUAUCUCUCAGACCUACAGGGUGGAAGAGGAGAAUUGGCUCCCUCCAGUUGUCCUCUGACCCUCACCCCCACCCCCCACUUGCAAAGAAAGGUAAUAAAAAUAUAAAUUUCAAGGAUGAGGGAAAUUGAAAUGUUUUCCUUCUCAAAGCCCAACCCCCUAGACAGCAGUGCCCACUGGGCUUGAUCCUGACCCUACUAAUAAACCUGUGUGCACUCCUGUAGGCCCUAGCACCUUCUUCCUAUGGGUGGCCCAGUCAAAAGCAUGUCCUCCUGUAGGACGCCAGAGGGCGCUCUAGGACAGCGUCGGAUCCUGUCUCUGGCAACUCCUGCUAAGCCCAUGGGGCUUCCUGGGUGGGAGGAAGAGGGUUUGCGCACCACCUUUGUGCCCCACUGGUUGUACUUUCCAGGUCCUUGUUUCUCACCUCCUCCAUCUAGCUUCGCCUUUCAAUAAACAGUUGAUGCAUA